AUUACCGAAAGAAUUCCCGGAGGUAUCCUCGAAGAAAUUCCUGGAGGAAUUCCCGGAGAUAUUCCUUGAGGACUUUCCGGAAGAAUUCCUGAAGGAAUUCCCAGAGGAAUUCGUGAAGGAAUUUCCGGAGGAAUUUUCGGAGGAAUCCCCGGAGGAAUUCCUGAAGGAAUCCCCGGAAGAAUUCCUGGGGGAAUUCCCGGAGGAAUUCCCGAAGGAAUUCCCGGAGGUAUCCUCGAAGAAAUUCCUGGAGGAAUUCUCGGAAGUAUUCCUUGAGGAAUUCCCGGAGGAAUUCCUGGAGGAAUAAUAUGUUUCCAAAAUAUUUUGUUUAUACCGCAACAGUAUUUGGCAACGACCGGUACGCAAUCCGGUAGCUAAAUUUAGUAGCGACCGGUGUGGAAAUGAGUAACUAAACUAAAAUGACAACUCUGUGGGCAAUCAUUUUACUCGCCCAGAUAGUAGCCCCCGGUAAACUUGCUCUAAGACCGAUGAAGAAUUGCAGGAAAUUAUCAGAUGGCUCCCAUACAACUCAAAGCGUUGGCCAAAAACGUUAUGCAGAUAUAAAAAGUUAGCUGAAAGUCUCACAACAGAUGGAAAUAUUUUAAUGAAAGAUCAACGUAUUGUCAUUCCAAGAAGUUUGCAGAACCAAGUUUUGAAGUUAGCCCAUGAUCCACAUCUCGGAAUGUCAUCUAUGAAACGUCGUUUGAGAUUAAAAGUGUGGUGGACUCGGAUGGACCAAAUGGUGGAGGAUUUUGUUCAUAGCUGCUCAGAAUGUAUUCUAGUUUCUGAGCCCAAUACUGCCCCUAUUACAAGAAGUAUAAUGCCGGAUGGACCAUGGAAAAAGAUUGCUAUUGAUUACACAGAAGUUGUUUCGGGUCAACAUCUACUCGUUGUUACUGAUUACUUUUCCCGAUAUGUAGAAACUAUCCUGAUUCAAUCGAUGACGGCAAAGAACACUGUGAUGAAACUAAGAGAAGUUUUUGCCAGGUUCGGCUAUCCUCAUCAAAUUGUCUGCGACAAUGGUCAACCUUUCUCAUCAGAGGAAUUUUCACUGUUCUGUAAAUCCAAUGGAAUAAAUUUGAACCACACAGUACCAUAUGCACCGUUUCAAAAUGGUUUAGUGGAAAGACAGAACAGAACAUUACUGAAAACUAUAAGGAUAAGCGUUUCAAUGGGUCGUGAUUGGAAAACUGAUUUACUGGAUUAUCUACAUGCCUAUCGCAGUACCCCACAUGCAGUAACCAAUUACACCCCAUCAGAACUCAUGUUUGGCUGGAAUAUAAGAGACAGAAUACCCGGAACAACGAGAAAUGUUGAUAUAGAAAAGGCAAUAGAUAACGACAAACUAGCAAAGGAAAAGGGAAGGAAAUAUGCAGAUACGAAACGACGAGCAACAAGUUGUAAUAUUGACGUUGGAGAUCUUGUACUAGUGAAAAAUGUAAUAAGGAAAAACAAAUUAACUCCCACAUUCAACACUCAAGAACAUGAGGUCAUCAAACGAGAGGGAACAAGGUUACAUUUGAAAAACUUAGAAACGGGAGUAUUGUCAAAUCGACAUGUAAACCAUGCCAAAAAAACAGCAUGUCGAAAUCCAUUGAAAACUCAAGGUUCAAUAUCCGAGGAUAAAUCUAAUUUCGGUAUUCCCUAUUUGGAUUCUUUUCAAAAUAAUAAUAAUGGUACUUAUAUACAUAAUAAUGUGUUCAUAUUUACAGACGAAGGAAAAAAUGAAGAUGCACUUUCGGUAACCCCCAAGAGAGUCAAUGAAGAAUCGUUUCCCGAGAACCGCAGACAAAAGCGAAGGCCGGCAUACUUGGCAGAUUACCAACUUAAUCAAAUUGAACUAAUUAACAAUAAGUAAUUUAAGAACAUUAUACUUUUGAAUUUCAUUAAAACAAGGGAAAGAUUGUAGCAUCGUAGUAAGCCUUGCAUUUUGUAACUGACAAAUUAAGGCACAAAUAAAUUCAUUAUUGUUCUAACCACCAAACGAGAAGGUAGCAUUCUACAGAAUUCCUGAAGCAAGCCCUGGAGAAAACUCUUAAAAUUGGACCCAUAAACCGUGGCCAUAUGCAAUCUAUGCAGCAACGUUUGCGUCACCUAUUGAGCUAAUGUAUGGAACAGCUGCUCUAAAGGCAGCAUGGUUAAAUAUUAUGUACAGGGGAUAGACAAAAUGAUCGGGACAGGCAAAAUUUUCACUUUUCCGAAAAUGUUCAACUAGCUGUAACUUUUUGAAAAGUGCAUCAAAUAUUCUCAAAUUUUUACUGUAAGUUCAUCAACUAGGUGUGCAUCAGUGGACAAAAUUUGGAAAAGGUCGGGCUAUUCUACACGAAGUUAUAAAGAUUCUAGAAAUAGGUAUAAUUAUCCGAUAGCUAACUUUGAGCUGUUAUAUCUCCGGAUUCAAUGAACCGAAUGCAAUGAAAUUUUGACCAUUUAAGACUUACAUAAUGAGCUCUAAAAAACGUUUGAUACAACUUUAAAUUAUUAAUAAGAGAAAAAGUUAUAGUGAUUUUAUUUAUUUUAUGAAUUCUUUGUAAAUUGGUCUAUUUUUAAUAUUCAU